CUUGGGACAGUCUGGGCCCGUAGUCUCAUUACUUGACGCAUUAUAUCUCCACUAUGCAUGGAAGGGUGAAGGUAAAGACCACCGAGGAACAAGCAGAAGCUAAGAAGAAAGAACGGCAACAGAAGUUGAAGAAAUUCGAAGAGCUGACUAAUACCAUAUAUAGGAAGAGAGGUACUGGAGAGCUUGACAGUGAUAUGCUGCAGCUUACUCAGCACGUGCUUUCAGCUAACCCUGACUACUACACUCUAUGGAAUAUCAGACGAGAGACAAUGGACAAACUUGUCCAGGCCAAUUCUGCAGACGUUGGUGAGUUGUAUGGUCGGGAGCUACGUUUCUUAGAAUCGUGUCUUCAAGUCAAUCCCAAGUCCUACAGUGUGUUUCUACAGCGACGAUGGGUUAUGACAAGACACCCUUCUCCUGAUUGGAAAUCUGAGUUGUCAUUGUGUGACACAUUUUUGCGUUAUGAUGAGAGAAAUUUUCACUGUUGGGAUUAUCGAAGAUUUGUUGUCAAGCAAGCUGGCAUUGGAGUGCAGGAUGAGUUUGAGUUUACUGAUAAGAAAAUCAAGUCUAAUUUCUCUAACUAUUCUGCUUGGCAUUAUCGGAGUAAACUGCUUCCUAAGGUCUAUCCUGAUCUAAGCAAUAAAGAACGACCAACAGAGGAUGCUCUUCUUGCAGAACAUCAGUAUGUGCAGAAUGCAUUUUUUACUGAUCCAUCGGAUCAAAGUGCUUGGUUCUACCAUCGCUGGUUGCUUGGAAGAACUUAUGUAUCAUGUGAUAUUUUAUGUGCCCAUGUUUCUUCAGAAAAAGACUCAAAACUUGUCCUUUCUAUUUCAUUGUGUCAACCUCUUGAAGCUCCUGACAAAUACUUGAAGGUCAUGGUCAAUCAAGCAGCUGCUGAUUGUGUAUGGCAUUCUCUUGAUGUACCAGCACAAUGGCCAGCUUUGGUUUGGUCAACCUCACUGAAGGUAUCAGAAUUGACAAUUUGGCCACUCAGUAUAGAAAUACAAAAUGGCAAUCACAAUGUGGUGUUGUUGCUGAAUGAUGGCCAUCGAGAAGCAUGGUGGGUCAAUGUAAAGAAAGGAGAUGGUGGCGUUGCUCAGUUGACGAUAGCAACAGCUGCCGUUCUUCAAGAGGAAUUAGAAUCGUGUAAACAACUGGCAGAAUUAGAACCAGACAAUAAAUGGACAUUACUAACUCUUGUAUUUCUCAUGAGAUGCCUCAAUAUGAGAACUUAUUUUUCAGACAUUAUCACCUUGUUGCACAAGUUGGAAUCUAUUGAUUCAUACAGGAGUGGCUACUUUCGUGAUCUAAAGAAUUGUUGUGUAGUGGAAAAGCAAAUUCAUAGUUUCUAUCAGGAUAUAGCAACUGCUUCGAAGGAGACAAGUUGUCGAAAGUUGUCUUUUAGUAAACUGAAUCUUGUUCGUCUUAUUGACGCUCAUCAGUUAUGUUUGGUUACUGAACUUGACAUUAGCCACAACCAACUGACAGACCUGAGAGGGUGUCAGUGUAUACAGUGUUUGGAACAUCUCAACGCUGAUGACAAUAAAUUGGAGAAGAUAGGAUGUUCUUUGGGUCAUCUGCCAAGAUUGUCUUUGGUAUCACUGCGCAACAAUCGUUUGUCAACACUAGCUUCGUUACAUGGAGUGCUACAACUUGAGAAUACAACUCUUUUGCUUCAAGGAAACUCUUUACUGAACAGUGAUGACGUGGUAUCAGAAUUAAACAGGUCUUUUCCUGGUGCAAGAGUUGAGUAAGAUACUUGACAGUGAUUGAAUUCUGCAAUGAUAUAAAGGUCAUUCAAUAGUGUGUCAGUAAGUAAAGUGCGUUUCUUGAGAUUUGAGUGCAGGCAAGAACAAAUUGCAGAAAGACGUUUUACUGUUUUAUUUCGUCCAUUGUAGCAGCUUUGUAGAAUUUAGCGAAGUAUAGUGACCGCUAGGCUUGCAUGCUGAAGGAACAACAGUCAUCAACUAAGAAAUUAUUCUUGGAAUAUUAGUGGACGCCAUAAUUAUUUCA